AACCAGCCGCUGUGAUUGGUUGGAUGUUUCUCUACCCAAUCACUUAAACUAGUCAAGUUUUUAAAACUCGAGCGCCAAUCGUGCAGCCAAAGUGUUGUCGGUGAGACUGAGCUCGACGUAAACCGGCUUCUAUGUCACGGGUUGGUAACACUGACUGUUAAAAACAAAAAAACAUGUGCCAUUAGAACAGUUGGACUCCAUUUCGUAAUUCACAUCAGCACCGGAAGAUUUCCAGCAUGGCAAGAAAUGUGUCAUCUUUUCUGUCUAACCAGGAAACGGGCAUGAAUAGAGAAAACAUCACCCCUGAAUUACCUCCGGCAUCUUCCAUGCAAUAUUUGGAUUCUGACAACUUCCCGGAGAUUACUCUCCUUGACGUCACAGGAGAUUGCGAAACGCACCAGAAUAUAAAUGAUUUAUCUACACUUACAAGCAUGCCUGCAACACCUAUGUCUGCAAGGGGGCCGUUUAGAAGGUUUGUGCCUCACAAUAACUCUAUGAAUGAGUCAACUUCAACUCCAAUGAUGAUGGUAAACAAAGCAGUCGUCAGACAGCCUCCUCCCCUGGAUAGCAACAUUUCUGUGUUUUGGUUGUAUGAUGAGUGUUUGCCAGACAUUACUGAUUUCUCAUUUGACUGUGAAAAGACUAUAACCUCACCUCGUGACCGAUCUGCUGCCUUAACGCCCACUACUUGUGACAACAUUUCACAGAACGCAAACUUUGACAAGUCUGACAUGGAACACGUAACGUUGAAGCUUGGUGAAGCCACCAGCAAGAAGAGGACUUCCCUAAAAAUGAAUACAGCACUGAAUAGUCCCAUAUAUUUAGCUGCAGGUGCCACAGGGGAGAGUGUACCUACAGAUCAAGAUAGCCUGCCUUCUGGGAAAGCAACCUGUGUCACAAGUGAUAACAACACAAUCAUGACAGAAACGAGUAUAACUGGUGAUCACCGUAACACCGUUGAUGGCCAAUCCCAAUCUCGUAGCAGAAUCAGCAUGUUAGAGAGCAGCUGCUGUGACGCUUACCACAACACUUUAGAGACUAACCCUCCACGUUUCAAUAGCACAUUUCCUUUGGUCGAAAAGAGUUCUAGUGAUAACCACAACACCUGUGAUUGUAACCCUCUUCAGUCCAGUUGCGUUAUAACCAACACUUCUAGCGAUGGUCACCAGAACACAUUCGAUGCUAACCCUCUUCAUUCCAAUAGCACAUUACCUUUGGUCGAAAAGAGUUCUAGUGAUAAAUACAGCACCUGUGAUGCUAAUCCUCUUCAGUCCAGUUGCAUUAUAACCAACACUUCUAGCGAUGGUCACCAGAACACAUUCGAUGCUAACCCUCUUCAUUCCAAUAGCACAUUACCUUUGGUCGAAAAGAGUUCUAGUGAUAACCACAACACCUGUGAUUGUAACCCUCUUCAGUCCAGUUGCGUUAUAACCAACACUUCUAACGAUGGUCACCAGAACACUUUCGAUGCUAACCCUCUUCAUUCCAAUAGCACAUUACCUUUGGUCGAAAAGAGUUCUAGUGAUAAAUACAGCACCUGUGAUGCUAAUCCUCUUCAGUCCAGUUGCAUUAUAACCAACACUUCUAGCGAUGGUCACCAGAACACAUUCGAUGCUAACCCUCUUCAUUCCAAUAGCACAUUACCUUUGGUCGAAAAGAGUUCUAGUGAUAAUCACAACACCUGUGAUGCUAACCCUCUUCAGUCCAGUUGCAUUAUAACCAACACUUCUAGCGAUGGUCACCAGAACACAUUCGAUGCUAACCCUCUUCAUUCCAAUAGCACAUUACCUUUGGUCGAAAAGAGUUCUAGUGAUAAUCACAACACCUGUGAUGCUAACCCUCUUCAGUCCAGUUGCAUUAUAACCAACACUUCUAGCGAUGGUCACCAGAACACAUUCGAUGCUAACCCUCUUCAUUCCAAUAGCACAUUACCUUUGGUCGAAAAGAGUUCUAGUGAUAAUCACAACACCUGUGAUGCUAACCCUCUUCAGUCCAGUUGCAUUAUAACCAACACUUCUAGCGAUGGUCACCAGAACACAUUCGAUGCUAACCCUCUUCAUUCCAAUAGCACAUUACCUUUGGUCGAAAAGAGUUCUAGUGAUAACCACAACACCUGUGAUUGUAACCCUCUUCAGUCCAGUUGCGUUAUAACCAACACUUCUAACGAUGGUCACCAGAACACUUUCGAUGCUAACCCUCUUCAUUCCAAUAGCACAUUACCUUUGGUCGAAAAGAGUUCUAGUGAUAAUCACAACACCUGUGAUGCUAACCCUCUUCAGUCCAGUUGCAUUAUAACCAACACUUCUAGCGAUGGUCACCAGAACACAUUCGAUGCUAACCCUCUUCAUUCCAAUAGCACAUUACCUUUGGUCGAAAAGAGUUCUAGUGAUAACCACAACACCUGUGAUUGUAACCCUCUUCAGUCCAGUUGCGUUAUAACCAACACUUCUAACGAUGGUCACCAGAACACUUUCGAUGCUAACCCUCUUCAUUCCAAUAGCACAUUACCUUUGGUCGAAACGAGUUCUAGUGAUAAUCAUAACACCUGUCAUGCUAACCCUAUUCAGUCCAGUUGCAUUCUAACCAACACUUCUAGCGAUGGUCACCAGAACACAUUCGAUGCUAACCCUCUUCAUUCCAAUAGCACAUUGCCUUUGGUCGAAAAGAGUUCUAGUGAUAAUCACAACACCUGUGAUGCUAACCCUCUUCAGUCCAGUUGCAUGAUAACCAACACUUCUAGUGAUAAUAACCAGAACACUUUUGAUGCUAAACCUUCCUCUCAGAACAAUGGCACAAUAACAAUGUUAGACAGUAGCUAUACUGACAAUCAUCCUAACACUUUUGAUGCCAACCCUCCUCUGUCUGGUAGCACAAUAUCCAAAGGUUUGAGUGGUCACCACUACAUUUCCGUUGCUAUCCCUCCCUCUAUGACCAAUGGCCCAGCAAUGACGUCCGAAAGCAGUUCUAGUGAUCGUCACCAGAGCACCUUUGAUGCAAUCCUUCCUCAGUCUGGUAGCACAAUAAUCAAUAGUUCUAGUGACAGUUACCGCAACAUCCUGGAUGCUAACCCUCCAUCUCAGUCCAAUACCAUAGUAAACAUGUCAAAAAGCCAGUCGAGUGAAUGUCCCCAAAAUGCCUGUAAGGCUAAUGCUACUCAGUCCGGUAGCACAAUAACCAACCGUUCCAGUGAUGGUCACCACAACACGUUCGACCCCAACCCUCCUCAGUCCGGGAGCAUGUUAACCAACAGUUCUAGUGGUCACCACAACAUUUCCGAUGCUAACCCUUCUCAGUCUGGGAGCACAAUAACCAACAGUUCUAGUGGUCACCACAACAUUUCCGAUACUAACACUUCUCAGUCUGGGAGCACAAUAACCAACAGUUCUAGUGGGCACCACAACAUUCCCGGUGCUAACCCUCCAUCCCAGACCAAUGCUACCCUAAAGAUAUUAGAAAGUAGUUCAAAUGAUGUUCACCACAACACCUUGGACACUUUCCCUGCUCAAGCCAGUGGCACAAUAACCAACAGUUCCAGUGGCGGUCACUGCAAAAUCUUAGAUGCUAGCCCUCCAUCUCAGUCCAAUUGCACUAAAACUAUGUCUGAAAGCAGUUCCAGUGAUGGUCACCACAGCAGCUUCGAUGCCAACCCUCCUCAGGUUGGUAGCACAAUAACUAACAGUUCUAGUGGUGGACACCAGAACAUCUCUGAUGCUGGCUUUCCUCAGUCGACUCUCCCUGUGUCAGAAGGUGGCUCCAGUAACCAUAACCACAACACUUCUCAGCCAAAUGGCCCAAUAACAGUGUCAGAAAAGAACUCGAGUGACAAUCACCAAGGCACCUUUGAUGCUAAGCCUCCUCAUCUCAGUAGCCCAAUACCUGUGUCAGAAAGUAGCACCAGUACCAACCAUCACAGCAUUUUUGAUGGCAAACCACUUUCCCAACCCAGUGCAACAACAUCAGUGUCAGAAAAAGAUUCCCGGGAUGAUGGCCCAAAUGACAAGGUGUCUCAACCCCUUCAGGGAACAUUUGAGGCCAAACCAGAUGUGAGUCAAUGUGAGACCAAGGAUUUUUCUGAAUCUGUGGUUGAAGACGUAAGCAUGGAUACAGUCUUCAACAACAAAGUUAAAACUUUAAAUCUGGAUGACACCCUUGAUUUGAGAAAUGGCAGUCAGUUGAUUACUUCAACACCGAUGACCAGUUGUAAAACAUUUACCUACAUCAAUCGGGACCAGGACAAAUUGCUGGAGGCACAGAAAAAUCUCCAUGAGGAUGCUUCCAGCAAACAAGCAGCUCAGGCGCCAACGUCCAAUAUGUCAUCCAACAUCACCUGUGAUCAAAAGAUGCUUUUGCCUGCUAAAUCCAUGCUGCCCACUUCCAAAGCUGCAUCGCAGCUGCUCAAAUUCAAGCCGGCAUCCCUGCGUCCAGGACGAGGAGACAUGAUGGGAUCAGGUCUGCCUAUGACAAGGCAAAGAACUUCGGCUGAAGCUUUGAGUGCACGCACACUUCAGAAGAGUUCAUCUGUUUGCCGCCCAUACAACUUGGGAGCAACGACGACAGCAUCCGAGCUGCCAAAGUCUGACCUGGAGAAGCCACGGUUGACUGCAAAACCAUCAGGCCUCCCCAAAGUGGCACCACUCCUCAGAACAAGAUCCAGGAGAAGCAGCACACUGACUUCCUCCAGCGCUGCCAAGAUUCCCCAAACAAAGAAGCACAACUUAGCCAGAGAUGAACCCGUAGUAAAGAAGAAGACAAAGAUGGAUGUCUCCACGUCGUCCAGUCACGUAGCAUCAACACCUUCUGUGGAUAGACAGAGCUCAGCCAGAAGCUUGAGGCCAUCUGCCAACUGUCAGCCAGCUUUGAUGGCUAAAUGCCAAAAAUACGAUGCUGCAUUGUCCACCAGCACUGCUGAGACAUUAGUAACUGGUGAUGCUGCCUCUAAAACUAAAAGCCUAAGACUGCCUGUGACUAGUCUGAGAGCUCUGCUGACUAAAGGCAAUGGUUGUGCCAAAUGCAUCGUUAUGGAACAGCAGCUUAAAAUGCGAACGAUAGAAUGCCAGAAACUGAAAGAAGAGCUGCAAAAGUACAAGAAAGAAGAGGAGAUAUGAAACACCCCGAUUCCAUCACAAAUAUUAAUUUUAUCAUACUUGUAAGAUUUUGACCAUGUUAAUAAAUUGUGUAACACUG